AUCCACACGCCAGCAAGCCGAACUGCCAGCGGAGCAGCGCGACCGAACCAGGGGGUCGUUGGAAAGUCUCGUCUGCGCGUCGGCGGGUGUAUAAAACAGUGGUGUCGUUCCAAAUACCCUAUCAUUAGCCUUCCGUCAUUUGCUUAAUCAACAUACCACCGCACCGCACCCAGGACACUGAGUGUCGAGCGACUAAGAGAGAGAGAGUGUGUGUGUGAGAGAGCACGAAACAGUGUCUGUGUGAGUGAGUGCGAGAGCGUGUGCGUGCGUGCAGUGCGUUAGUUAUCCUAAUCGCGGGUUGAAUCCUUGCGCUUCUUUCGUUUAGCCAAAAUGAUGCCGACUCGAACCCGUUCGCUGGUGUUGGUGGUUGUGGUGGCGCUGGUUGCGGGCGUCGCCUCCGGUGCCUCGAUCGCGUCCAAUCUGGUCGAGGAGGAGCGACCAAGGAUCGCGUCCAGCGAGGAGCUGCUGUCGUCGAUCGUGAACGAGUGCUUCGACGGUGCCUCGGUCAUGGGCUGCCUGAAGGGCAAGGUGCUGCUCUACCUGGACGGUAUGCUGGGACUGCGCGAGGAGGAGGCACGCGCCUUCGAGGAGCGUAAUGUGGAUGAGGUGAUCUUCGACCGCGUCGGACGUGUGCUGGCCACCCACGAGUUCCGCGUUCAGCUGCCGGAAGAUACCGUCGUCAGCUACCGCGCCGAUAAGGGUCUGGACAUUGACGUGGUGCCGGCGGGUCUCGCUACCGUGUUGCUGCUGCUGAAGCUGAAGAUGAAGGCGCUGAUGCCGAUCUUCCUCGGGCUGAUCGGACUGAAGGCGAUGAAGGCGCUCAUCCUGUCCAAGCUGGCGAUCACGCUGGUGCUCGGCUUCCUGGUUGCCCAGCUGGUGAAGAAGUCCGGCCUGGGCAUGCCCAUGUCGAUGAUGCCCAUGAUGAUGCCCCAGGCUCCGGCUGCUGAGUAUGGUGCACCGGUGCCUGCUACCUCUACGCCGGCCUCCAGCUACGAACCAUCGUCCUGGGACUCCUCCUCCGGCCCGUACUCGCGCCACUGGGAACCGUCGACGUCCGGUUCGUCGCACAACCUCGCCUACAGCUCGUACUAUCCCAGCUCGAGCGGUUCCAGCUCGUACACGGCGUACAACGCUGGAUCCAGCAGCUCCUCGGCCGUUGGUUCCGGUAGCUCUUCCUCUUCCUCCUCUCCCUCGUCCGGAGCUUCAUCGUCGUCCUCCUCGUCGUCGAAUGCAGCGCACGCUUACUAGAAAGCGUACCGCCCCGCACCAGUCACGUAGACCCGUACACCAAAGCGAAGACGCAAACGUAGGCUAGCCUCCCCACCGGGAGUCGUACUUCGAGCCAUUUUUUCUUUCUUCUUAGUCAACAGCGACUCAAAAAGUGAAACAACCUUACCUGGAAGGUUUCGAACGAACAGUGGUACCGUCAAUGGUCCAUCGCCACUAUCCCGUGAUUGGACGACCGUAUUCCAAUCAGUUACUAUCGGAGGAACUGUGGCGAUGGUUGUUGACGAAGGGUCCACAAAAUUUGAGGAAACUCUGUGAACGCUGGUUGGCCUGUGGGAGGGUUCAUAGCUUAAGCCCUUUACAUUUUCUUUCCCAUCCCUGCGACCUAUUUAUUGUCUCCUAAUGCGAAACGUUAUUUAUUGAAUGAGGAAAUAAUAAUAAACAAAUCGACGAAAAUCUAUCAAAUCGAAAUUCUGAUAAGAUAUUGCAUAAA